AGAGUUUCUAGAGAGAGAGAGAGUAGAGUGCAUUAGUACUGGAAGUCCAUACAAGAGUGAAAAAUGAUAAAGAAGGGAAAGAAGGGAAAAAGAGGAAAUAAGGAGGAUUUCCAUUUUGUUAUAAGAGAGGAUCCUGAGAGGAGAGGUGGUGUGUAAAUUAGGUUAAGUCGAGAGUGGUAGCUUCUCCACUACAUCCCUUAAUUAGAGAAAUCUCCCAGUUUUGGUAGAAGGAAUUAUCAGAACCCCAUUGGCUCUUCUCUCUCUCUGUCCUCUCAUUCUCUCCUUCUUCUUCUGUGUAAAAUCUAUCUCAUCUUUACAUAUUAUGUGUGCACCAAUGACUCUGCUUAUUCUUAGAUUUACCCUUUUCUUUCCAUCUUAGUUCCUUUCUUCUGUUGCAAAGAGAGGACGAGAGAGAAAAACAACCCAGAUAAAACAGGAAACAAAAAAAGGAGAGAGAGAGAGGGUGAGGGUGAGACACUUUUGAAAACACUUUCUCUCUCAUUCUCUAUCACUCUGUGGCUAGAGAGAGAGAGAGAGAUGGGGAGGGGACGUGUGGAGCUGAAGAGGAUCGAGAACAAGAUUAAUCGUCAGGUAACCUUCUCCAAACGGAGAAACGGUUUGCUUAAGAAAGCUUACGAGCUUUCUGUGCUUUGUGAUGCUGAGGUUGCUCUCAUCGUCUUCUCCAGUCGCGGCAAGCUCUAUGAGUUUGGAAGCGCCGGUAUGAACAAAACACUUGAGCGCUACCAAAGAUGCUGUUACACUCCUCAAGACACCAGUGCUGCUGAUCGUGAAACUCAGAGCUGGUACCAGGAAGUCUCCAAGUUGAAGGCAAAAUAUGAAUCUCUUCAACGCUCACAGAGGCAUUUGCUUGGGGAGGAUCUUGGUCCACUUAGUGUGAAAGAGCUGCAAAAUCUUGAGAAACAGCUUGAAGGAGCUCUGACGCAAGCAAGGCAACGAAAGACACAAAUGAUGCUUGAACAAAUGGAAGAACUCCGCCGAAAGGAGCGUUAUCUUGGAGACAUAAACAAGCAGCUCAAAAAUAAGUUGGUUGAGCUUGAAGCUGAAGGACAUGGCUCUCUUAGAGCCAUUCAAUGCUCCUGGGAUUCUACUUCAGUGAUUGGAAACAGCACUUUUACUACACACCCUUCUCAGUCCAACCCCAUGGACUGUGAACCCACCUUACAAAUAGGUGCAGGUACCACCACUUUGUUACACCAGAAGGAACAACCAUUCCUCGGAAUGUAUCUGGUGAGAGUAACUUCAUCCAUGGAUGGGUCCUCUGAACUCUCAGGCAAACUCAGCAAAAGACCAAAAACUAUAAGCUUGAAUAUAUGCUGUGGAUAAGAUGGGAUUUGUUGAAUUAUUAACAUAUUAUAUGUUUUCUCUAAGCUUCUAUGCCAUGGUUUGAUGGAUCUGCAUGCUUUGAUCAUGAUUCAUGAUUA